UGGUAAAAAUUACCUAUUUUGAAAAUGCCUAUACCCCAAGGACGCCAUUUUCCCUAGGGAGCCAGAUUUGCACUCGAGUGUAUGUUUCCUGCAUCAAUAACGUAAAACUGAAACAUAACAUUGUAUGAUAAAAUUUAUGUUUGCAAACAUUGGAAAAUGAAAAGAUUAUAUAUUGAUUGAUGUUCAUAAUUAUUGAGCAUUAGUGAAUCUUAAUUGUUCUGCAGUUUUUCAUGUAUGAAGCGUGAAUUGUCGCUUGAAAAAUUUAAAUUAUAAAAAGUACAAGUUACUAAUUUUUUAAAGUUUAUUCCUGAAGGAAGCUUGUACUGAUUCUUAUUUAUAAUUUAUCUGUAAACACUAACAAGCGGUAAAAAAUGGUAGUACUUAGCAAUUUUCUUGCACCGCAAGAAGGAAUACGUCACGAGGAACCAAAUACUACUGUGUACAUUAAUGAUAGAGAAGUAGGAAAAGGAACUUUAUAUAUUACAGAAAGCUUACUUUCUUGGGUGAAUUAUGAUACACAACAAGGAUUUUCACUUGAAUAUCCUCAUAUAUCUUUACAUGCCAUAUCACGAGAAGUACAUCCAAGACAAUGUUUAUAUAUUAUGGUCGAUGCAAAAGUAGAUCUUCCAGAUGUACCGUUACCACCAGCUUCUGAUAGUGGUUCAGAAAAUGAAAAUGACGAAGAUGCAGAUACACCUAUUACAGAAAUGCAAUUCGCUCCUGAUAACAUAAAUAAUUUAGAGGCAAUGUUUCAAGCAAUGAAUCAGUGUCAAGCACUUCAUCCUGAUCCCCAAGACAGUUUUUCUGACGCCGAAGAAGAUAUUUAUGAGGAUGCAGAAGAAGAUGAUUUUGAAAAUUAUGAAGCUGAUGCUGGUGAUGCUCCCUACAUUUUACCAACAGAACAAAUAGGGACCAAUCACAAUGGUACAGAAACAGACGAAGCUAUGGAUAUAGAAGCGGGACAAUUUGAAGAUGCAGAGGAAGAUCCAUAAAUAAUGGCAAUGCAUUUAGUAUUAAUUUAUAAUAAUUACCAGUAUCAUAUAUUAUGGUAGAUAUGUGAUAUGACAGACUGUAUAACAGAGCUGUAUCAAACAUAAAAACACCUAACAUUUAUUUAUAUUCAUUUUGUACACAGUAAUAAUUUCAUAGAUAAAAAUAAACAAUUGUAUAUCAAAUUCAACUCCUUAUUUGUAUGGAUAUUUGUAUUUGAUUUUUUUUAAACUAAUAAUUUCUUACAAUGACAAAUA